AUGUCAAUUCAAGAACUAAUUGAGUACCGAGGCUUUCAAUCGGAGACGCAUUUUAUCGAAUCGGCGGACGGGUACCGCUUGCAAACAGUUCGAAUCAUCAAUCCUCAUUUUCAAAAAAGAAAACAACAGCAGCUGAAACCGGUGCUUCUCUACCACGGUUACCAGUGCUCCGGCUCAAUGUGGAUCAUCGCCACCAGUGGAGUUCUUCAGGCAAACGGGACAUACUUUGAAGAGAAUGUCCACAGGGAAGACCCGGGUGCCACGGGGAACACACUGGGUUUUGUCCUCGCCGCUGCCGGUUACGACGUGUGGCUGGCCAACUCUCGAGGAAACAUCUACUCCACAAAUCACAGCCGCCUUGAUCCAGCUGAGCAGGAGUUUUGGAAUUUCUCCGCCGACGAGAUUAUCAAGUACGACAUGCCGGCGCUGAUCGACUACAUUCGCAGCACGACUAAAAGCCCUACAGUGGGCUACAUUGGUCACUCGCAGGGAAAUCUGGUGAUGUUUGGCCUGCUGGCCAGCCAGCCAAAGUACAAUCAGCUAGUGAAGCCCUUCAUUGGCAUCUCUCCAGUGGGCUUCUUUGUGGAGUUUAACAUCCCAGUUAUAAAACAUUUAGAAACGUACCGAAACUACCUCCCAAAACUGUUCCCUCGAAACAUUCUCAGCGGAGCAACUCGCUGGACGGGCGGCUCCCGCUGGUGCACUCUGCCUCUGGUGAACGAGUACAUCUGCUACCUGAUCUACUAUGGACUGAUGGGCUCGCCCAAAGAGCAGGUGGAUUUGAGACGACUGCCCAUUUAUGUGGACAAUGUCAUGCACGGCUCUUCCACUCGAAACUUUGUCCACCUGCUGCAACACCGAACCAGUCUGGUGUACUACGACUACGGCGAUGCAGAGGUCAACCAAAGGCACUACAAUCAAACCUAUCCGCCGCAUUACGACUACUCGGCAAUCAGUAAUCAACAUAUGGCGCUCAUCUACUCAAAGAACGACUGGUUCCUUCACCUGGCUGAUGUGCAACGUCUUAAAGAUAGUUUGAAAGUUUUAAAAACUACUGCAGAUGCUGCAUCUGCUGAAGUCAACAAUGAAACACAAAAAGAAAAUCACCUCAACAACGACAUGGAAAGCUACCUCGAGCAGAUGGACACUCCAGAGGGAAAGUUUGCCGAGUUGACGGACGACGACGAAUCACCACCACCUUCAACAACAACAACAACAACAACUCCAUCUCCAUCGUCUGAUGAUG